AUCUCCCGCUGGCGGUUUUAGCUCCAGACAGAAAGCUGGGACCAAACCAAACUAGGAUCAUGGAAGCCAGUGGGGAAGGUAGCUUUCUGAUUUAGUCACCUGAUUCACUGACAGUCUAAAUUCACCCUUCCAGUAUUUCCCUUCAAAUCUGGCUAGAUGGAGUGAGAUUAGGCAGACUUGUUGGUCGAGCAAUUGAAAGCAGGUCCUGGAUCCAUACUCCAGAGUAUCAUUGUCAUUGUUAUCUGGUUAUCUUUCUCGAAUUCUCUGGUAUCUGGAGGCAUCCGAUGCCGAUAACUAUGAUUGCUUCACGUGUCUCAAAGCUGUUGCUGAAUCCCGGUCUCACUAAGGAUGGCUUGUCAACGAUCGCUCACAUAGAGAAGUCAUUCAAGUCGCAUCGAUCGCUGAAGCAUCGUCCGUCUGCGUAUUCCAAGGCGGAGCAUGUCCAUGGGAAGGCGAUGACCAUCGCUAGCAUGAUAGCCAUGCUCGUGCUAACUCCUCCGAUGGCCAUGUACAUGUGGUUUAUUAUGGCCAAAACGGACGGAUCAAUCCUUAAAUUCUGGCAGUUUUUGCAAAGUAAGGAGUCCAUCAUGGAUGGUCUCUUGGAGGCCUGGCCAUCGCCCUUCUCCCUCAUCGCAUGGAAAAUCAUUGGCGCAUUCGCAGCCUUCGAAGCACUUCUUCAGGUCCUCCUUCCUGGCAAAGAAUUCGUCGGACCAGUUUCGCCAGCAGGAAACCGACCAGUUUACUGGUGCAACGGCUUCCAAGCAUAUCUGGUCUCCAUUGUCACCUACAUCUUUAUUUGGAGAGCUGGGUGGUUCAACCCAUCCCUCGUGUAUGACAACUUCGGCAGCAUUUUGUCUGCUCUCAAUGUUGUCAGCUUCCUCCUCUGCCUCUUCCUCUACGCCAAGGGUAACCUGGCACCAUGCUCGUCCGACUGGGGAUCGUCUGGAAACUUCGUACAAGACUUCUUCUGGGGCAUGGAGCUGUACCCGCGCAUCGGCAAGUAUUUUGACAUCAAGACGUUCACCAACUGCCGCUUUGGCAUGAUGUCCUGGGCGCUGCUGGCCGUCACGUACGCGAUCAAGCAGGGCGAGGCGAACGGGCGCGUGGCGGACUCCAUGGUCGUGAGCGUGGCGCUCAUGCUCGUGUACAUCUCCAAGUUCUUCUACUGGGAGUCCGGGUACUGGGGCACCAUGGACAUCCAGCACGACCGCGCCGGCUACUACCUCUGCUGGGGCUGCAUGGUGUGGGUGCCCUGCAUCUACACCUCUCCCGCUCUCUACCUCGUCAACCAUCCCCUAGAGCUAGGCACUCCCGUCGCCCUGGCCAUGUUUUUGAGUGGCUGUGCAUGCAUCGCAAUCAACUAUGACUCUGACCGCCAACGGCAGUACUUCAGGUCCACACACGGCCGCUGCACCAUUUGGGGCCGCCCACCUGCCAAGAUAGAGGCAGAGUACAUUACAGAGAAGGGCGAGAACAAGAAGAGCUUGCUGCUCGCUUCAGGAUGGUGGGGUCUCUCUCGCCACUUCCACUACGUCCCAGAAAUCCUCGCUUCCUUCUUCUGGACCUUCCCAGCACUCUUUGAUAAUGGUAUCCAGUAUUUCUACUGCAUAUACCUUACUGUUCUCCUAUUGGACCGUGCCGUUCGUGAUGACGUCCGCUGCAAGAAGAAGUAUGGCAAGUUCUGGGACAAAUACUGCAAUUUGGUGCCAUACAAAGUGAUUCCAGGCAUCUUUUGAGAUUGCACCUCGUCUGUGUUCAAUGAGAUAUCUCAGUGCUCUACUGGUUGAUUCCAUUUUUUCCUCUGCCCAUAGUCGGGUAUGAGAUAAUUCUUUCCCCCCUCAUCAAGCUGUUUGAAGUCAUUAUUGUGAGCACUCACCUUCUAUUAUUUAAUGGAAAGAGG